AUGCAGUCCAGCUCACAUCACAUCAGCUCUAAUCAUGCGUCCUCCUCCAGAGCGCGCUCGCGUCCUCUCCCACCCCCACCUUCCAAGCGUCGGCGCGAUACCGAUGAUUCCUCCACCUCAACUCCGCCGGUCUUGAAAGCCCCGCGAACAUCUGAACGCCGCAGUGAGAUCGACCUGACAGACGACGCCGGUAUCGAGUUGAGCAGAGGCUCGCGCUCACAUGUCGACUUGACCAGAGAGUCCCGGCCAGUUCCCCAGAUCGACUUGACGGGACAUUCCGGCACGGCUCAUAUGUCUCAAGCGCUAGAAAUGCAGCACAGAGCAGCGCAACAGGCAAAAGAGGCCGCGGCCAGAGCAGAUGCAAAGCUCUUCAAAAGUCAUAAAACUCCCACUGAAGAAGGGCGGACCAUUCUGACCGCCUACAAGUGCCCAGUGUGCAUGGAUACCCCGGAGAAUGCGACGAGCACUUCAUGUGGACAUCUUUUCUGCCAUAAAUGCAUAACCGAAUGCGUAAAGAUGGGCGAGCAAGUCAGAAUGGAUGGCUCGAAACCCAAACCUGCUUGCCCGGUGUGCCGGAAAGCGCUUACGGUUAAGCCCGGUAGGAAUGGCAUAUCGAGCUUGGUUCUGCUGAACUUGAAGGUGCUGUGCAACAAACGGGAUGUAUCCUCAGAUGUCGCUGUGGAAUAG